AUGUUAUUAUACAACGUAAUAUGUUAUAUACUCCCAUGUAUAAAUAAAAUUACCUAUUGGACUUCAAACAAUUUACAAAAUUAUAUUAGCUAUUUUGGAAAUAAAUAUGAUCCUUUGAUUGAUGACGAACUUGAAGAAGACGAAAAAGAGUUUAGCUGGUGGACAAAAUACUAUGUGUUCAAAUAUCAAAAGAAAACAUUUCAAGAGAAUAAACAUGAAAGUGUGAUGUUAAACAUUCCAAGCAAACUUCUCCCAAAAAAAUCAAAUAAAACCCAUAUUCCUAAAUAUUAUUCAAAAACUAAAUCAACAACAAUACAAUUAUACGAACAUGAAUUAGAAAACGUUCCAGAAUUUAACGGAUUUGAAGACAAUUUGAAAAAAUUUAAAAUCUAUGAAUUUGAUAAAAAGGAUGAAAAGGCAACAGUUGUUGCUAUAUUAAAAGGAAAUGUGCAUUUGUAUCCAAUGCCAGUUGAUAAUGACGAACAAGACACGUCUCAAGAACAAUUAUUUUCUAACACGGCAUCUCAAAUAUGGCCAGGAUUGAAAUCGAAUGCGAAGUGCAACAUCAUUGUGCGUAUUUAUAUACUGAGAGCAUACAACUUACAUCCCGGUGACAUUAGUGGACUAUCAGAUCCAUAUAUAGAAAUUGUUUUAGGGAAAUCCAUUCGCAUAUCGGAUAGCAAAAAUUACGUCCCUAAAACAUUAAAUCCUUUGUUUGGCAGGUGUUUUGAAAGAGUAAUAUCGUUCCCAGAAUGUUCGAUGAUAAAAGUUAGAAUUAUGGAUUACGAUAGAAUUGGGAAAAGCGAAUUAAUCGGUGAAACGACAAUUGAUAUUGAAUCAAGAUAUUUCAGCAAACAUAGAGCUCACUGUGGACUACCAAAGCAAUAUAACAAAGAUGGAUACAACCGUUGGAGAGAUAGUGAAAAACCUUCAAAAAUUCUACAUGAACUGUGUUCGUUAUAUUCAUUGAAACAUCCAAUAUACACGACUAACAGUGUUACAAUUGGUCUUAAAACAUUUCAUGUUCACGAUGAAAAUACUGAAUCCGAUAGACAAUCGUUGGCACUGUAUGUAUUAAACCAUUGGCAAGAGAUGCCAGUUGUUGGUUAUCAUUUAGUGCCUGAAUAUGUAGAAACUAGGACAUUAUAUAAUCCAGAUAUGCCUAACUUACACCAAGGCACAUUAGAAAUGUGGGUUGAUAUGUUUUCUAAGGAUAGUAAUAUUCCUAAAAUGGUAGAUAUUAAACCACCAAUUGUUGAACUCUACGAACUUCGUGUAAUUAUUUGGUCCGUCACUGAUGUAAAACUCGUGGAUAACAACUUUUUUACAAAAGAAAAACACAGUGAUAUUUAUAUCAAAGGGUGGUUACCAGGUGUCGAAAAACGGUCAACAGACGUUCAUUACCGAUCAUUAAACGGCGAAGGAUUGUUCAACUGGCGUUUAAAAUUCUCGUUCCCGUAUAAUAAAACUGAAAAUAUUAUUGUCUACAGAAAAAAAAAUGUUUUCGGUUUGGACUACGAAGAACAACAAUUUCCUCCCAAGUUAAAUCUUGAAAUUUGGGAUAACGACCAGUUAUCACCAGAUCUGUAUAUUGGUUCUUUGACUUUGAACUUGCGCAGUAUGCCUCGUGGUGCGAAAACUUCGUGGAUGCAUAACUUAUCCAAAAUGUCUCGAAUAAACUUAUUUAAAGUAAAAAAAACAAGUGGAUGGUGGCCGUUCAUUUCCACGGAAAAUAAUAAAAAUACUAUUGUAGGUAAAGUAAAUGCCGAAAUUCAAAUAAUGACCAAGCAAGAAGCGGAUAAAUCACCAGCUGGAUUUGGUAGAGAUGGGCCCCUACCUCUGCCCGUACCGAAGAGACCUUCAACUCAUUAUUUAAAAUCAAUUAUGGAUCCAUUUAAAUUUGUAUUCGGAAGUGUAUUCUCAGCUAACAAAACGAAGUUUUUAAUUGUUGUACUACUUGUUUUUGUGGUAUUAUUUUUUCUCAUAAUGAUUUAUGCGAUUCCAGGAAACUUAAUAAGAAUACUAUUUGACAAGUUAUUCAAAAAAGUAUAAAAUUAUUUUUUAUUUUUUUCUUAUAAAUAAAAUAAUGUGGUAAAUUAAAUUUUAAAUAAAAUAAAACUUAAAUCUUUAAGCAUAAUUAGCGUUGCAAGGUUGUUGAAUAUAGUUUAAACAAAAACCACGAUUACCCAUGUCAUUUGGC